AUGUCUGGGCAGAAACGUAAAAGGUCUGCGAAAAAGGCUCCCAAUAAAGUCGUGCCUAGUCGCAAACCCACAGUUUCUGUUGGGAAUACAGUGCCACAAUCACCUUCCGUCAAUACCACAGAUACAACGGAAACUGAUUGUGUCCAGACAUAUGCUGACAUAUGCGAUAAGGAUGUAAAUGAAGUGAUUAAUCCAAAAUCUGUGAGUAUAAGUAGUGCUAGUCUGGAAAAGACUUCAAAACCUACUCACGGAAAUCGGGAAUCAUCAGUUCAAUCAUCUAAUGCGUCUUCCGUAGCUGUCACUAGCAAUUCCCUUCAACCUGGUCAAAGACCAUUAUCUAUGGCUCCCACCAUGAAAAUGAAUCCAGGCCUGAAAUACAAAAGACCCUCUGAAGAGCAGCUAAGAAGUUCCAAGAAUCCAAUUAUAGCUGUUCCUCUUGCACAAACUGAAAUUCCCCAAGAUGACGAAGACGAUGAUUGGGAUGAAGAUGAAUCAUCUGAAGCUGAUGAUGAUGGCAGAAUAUACAAAAACCCUCGAAAUUCGCCCUCAUCCGAAUGUCCACGAGACGAAGAACAAGCAACCCUACUUGGUCAGAAGUGUUUAAGGAAGUGUUCGUCCGAUGAAGAUUGCAAAAGUAAAAAAAAGAAGUGUUUGUGUGAUGGAGUUUGUGGCAUGUCCUGCAUUAAACCAGAUCGUGAAUGUCCCGAACUUGCGCAGCCUUCCCUGGGCCAAGUUACGUUAACUGGAAGACAUUUCGGACAGAGAGCUUCAUACUCAUGUCCUCAUGGCUACCACGUAGUUGGUCUUCAGAGUCGUUUAUGUCAAGCCGAUGGAAAUUGGGCUGGAGCUGAGCCAGCUUGCAAACAAAACAUUUAUUGUCUUAAGCCUCCUAAAAUCGAACAUGCUCGAAACUCUGCCCUUCCGGAACAAGAAACAUUCGACUUGGACUCGACCGUGCAGUAUCAUUGCCACAAUGGAUAUGUCACUAAUGGUUUUCCUCGGGCCAAGUGUCUGGCUAUCGAUGGUCAGGCCAGCUGGUAUGGGCCUGACAUCCAGUGUGAACCUCGUUCUUGUGGACAACCACCGGACCCAGCAAAUGGGUGGCAUUCGGGAGAAUGUUAUACAUACGGUUGUAAGAUAACAUACAAUUGUGGCACUGGCUACGAAUUAGUUGGUAAACAUGAGCGCACCUGCCAAUCAGAUGGCUCCUGGACCCCAAAGGAACUACCAACCUGUGUCUCACCAUGUUUGGUUCCCUCAGUUGAAAAUGGAAAAUAUUAUAAAGUAGAACCGCAUACAAUAGAGCUUUCGGACAAGCCCUCUUUAACCCCUUUGUCGACAUAUGAAGAGAUUCAAUCAAAUGAGUUCAUUACAUUGGAGUGCGAAGAAGGAUAUAAAAUACAAGGGGCCGGACAGUUGAGAUGUGGUCACGGAAGUUGGUCAGUUAACGCCUUCUCCAAAUGUGUGUCCGUAGCCUGUACAUUACCUAACAUUCCAGGCUUAAUAUACGAGGGGGGUUAUAGGGCCGGUCUAACUAUCGGACAGGAUAGUUCAGUUAACGCUCGCUGCAAUUACUCAACGAACACUUUACCUAUUGAAAUGACUUGCAGUAGGGGCACAAUCAAACCCCAGAACAUACAGUGCGAGUCUGGCAUGCGAAAGUCUAGGGAAGAAAUUGUCAAAAUUACCGAUGAAUCUAACGAAAAGAUCAGCAACACCAAUGUUCUAGAUACAUCUGAUAUGGAAGAAAGUUCAAAUUCGACGGAUGAUCAAAACGCAACAGAAGAAUCGAAGAUGUGUGGACCGCCAACUAUAACUGAUGGCGCUUUAAUAUAUAAAAAUAGUGACAUGGACAUCGAAGGAAUAUAUGAAAGUGGCACUGAGAUUUAUUUCAAUUGCAUUCCAAGUGCCUCUGGUGAAAGAAACACGUGGAAAAUUAUUUGUGAAAAUGGAGAAUGGAUAGGGCGGUCGUACAACUGUGCUAAUGGAACCUGUUUAUUCAAGAACAACGAACCUAAUGUUGUUAGUUUCUACAACGACUUAGAAAUUCGGGAAGACAUCGUGGAAUUUCCUCCCGGAGCUACAAUAACUUCUCGGUGUACUGAUAUUGGAAAAUUUGAACUAGUUGGAAGCAUUGAACGCACAUGUAUUCAUUCAGAAUGGACAGGAGUAAAACCUCAAUGUUUUGGCCUUAACCAGGAAAAUGACUAUGCGAUGGAAAAGGCCCCAACAAUACUAUUUCGACGACAUAAUGGUCCCAUUGCCCAAAGCAAUGAUGGUAAACUUAUUGUAUAUCCCGGAACAACUUUGCAUAUGGAAUGUUUAUGGAUGCGUCGUUUCGGUAAUCCGAAAUGGUCAGUUAGCCACGAUUACAAAAAUUAUUCCGAAGGCUGGGUAACUGAAGAGGGUCGUGAUCCUACGCUUGAAUACCGUCUUACAAUAGCAGAUGCGCAGACCGAUGAUUCUGGUAUAUAUUCUUGUGAAACCCCAGCCAGACACAAACAUUCUGUUGAAAUUGUGGUCAAAAGUAUUAACUGUCCCGAAAUACCAACACGACGUGGCCUUAUUGUAAGCACGAAUGAAACAAAACUCAGCGUACGAGUUUUGCUUUCUUGUUCCAAUGGGAAUUCUUUGAUCGGAUCAUCUGAACUAUUUUGCCUUCCAAGUGGUAAUUGGAGCGCUCCAUUACCAGUGUGUGAAAGCGUUGAAUGCGGUGAUAUUCCACUACCCAAUAACAUAACAUCGCCACGAGUAUCGGUUCUUUCCCGUGAAGUUGGUGGGCGCGCUGCAUUUUCAUGCCCGUCAGGAUAUGGUUUAAGAGGACCCUCAGAGUCAAUAUGUAUGCCAUCCGGUGAGUGGGCAACGCCGUUCCCAACGUGUGUUGAAGUGCAAUGCGAAAAUCCAGGAGCUCCACAAAAUGGCUACGCCCAAGGCACGCCACCGUAUAGAGCUGGGGAUGUAGUUCAAUUUAAUUGCAAUCCCGAAUAUAUGAUGCAGGGUCAACCCAUUAUCGCAUGUCAAGACAAUGGACGAUGGUCUGGAGGUCUUCCUAAAUGCGUUCAAGCAUGUUCAUAUCCCGGCACUGCUAUUAGCGGACAUAUGUCAUCAGUUCAAUUUUAUUAUGCCAUUGGAGAAAGCAUUACGUUUACAUGCGAUGCUGGCCUUGAGUUGCGUGGUCCCAAAAUGGUGAAAUGUUUAAAAAAUGGCAAAUGGUCAGGAGCUAUUCCUCAGUGUGUGGCACUUGAUUAG